CUUCAUAUUUCCAAAUCUAUUGCCCAUGUUUGACUUGGAGUCAUGUGUGCCUAUGCUAUGCCUCUCAUUUUAUGUCCACUACCGUCCCUGACGCCAACACACAGCUCAGAAAAGAAAAUUAUUUCUUUUAUUCAUCGUCUGAAUCUCCAUAUGAGAGAGAGGACUGCGUUUUCCAACCGAGAUUUAUGGACACUGCCCCAGUUGCAAAUGAGCAGGAACUAAUCGCCAUUUCACUGUGAAACAUCUUUGUUUCAGGUAUUCAAACUUGGGUUUUGGGUCUUAUUUAUUUCCUUUCUGGAUUUUGGAACCUGUUGCAAUCAUGAUGUUGGCUUCCUAGGUUAUUGGUUCAUAGUUUGUGUCUGGUCUGGAUUGGAUUUGCUUUUAUUAAUAUUUGAAGUCUCCAGUAAUUUGGGGAAAGUUGGAUGGAUGGAUCAAAUUCUCCUUCAUGACAUUGCGAGCUCAAUAGGAUGAGCUGCAAUGGGUAUUUUUUUUCGUUAUGAUACUUUAUUGAGUAAUGUUUAUUGACUCUUUACUCAGAGUUAAGCUCGGUGUAGAUUUGGAGCUCUGCUUUGUAAUGGCGGAUUUCUGGUAACACUAGUUGAAUUGGGAAGCUGGGGUUUUAACUUUUAAGUAAGAGUUUUCAUUUUCAUGGCUUCUAUUAGAAGAACCUUAUCCCCAGUUCCUCGACCUGGAACUUCAAUGAAUGGAGAAGCGUGUUCAGUAGGUUCUCCCCUGUCCAGGUCUUCACUAUCUCCUCAAAACUACCCUCAGUCUACUGGACUGCACUAUUCCCUGUUUAAUACAUUGGAGACCCAAGCUGCCAUUCUUGGUAUCUACUCUCCAAGGUCUUCUAGACCAAUCGACAAAUUGAAACCAAAGGUUCAGGUUUGGAGGAGGGCGAUGUUCCAUUUCUUCAUGUGUUUUUUCGUUGGAUUUCUUGCUGGAUUGGUACCAUUUGCAUCUACCAACUUAUCCAUGAAUGUCAUGUCAAAAUAUCAAGCUUUCCAGUUUGAUAGAAUCUCCACUGAUGGAAAAUCACAGCCUCAGAAUAGUUCUAGCAGCACCAUCUCUGUUCCAUUGGAAAGUGAAGACAUGAAGAGCAACCCAAUCCUAUCAGAAGUGCCAUUGUAUAAUAAUAUUUCUUAUGAUAAUUUGAUUAACCAUCUAAUUACUCAAGAAUUAGAGCCUCGAAAGCUACUGAUAAUUGUGACGCCGACGUCUGCUCAUCCACUACAAUACUAUUAUCUUAAUCGUUUGGCUCAAACACUAAAGUUGGUCCGGCCGCCUCUUCUAUGGAUAGUUGUUGAAAUGUCCUCUCAAUCUGAUGAAACAGCUGAUGUAUUGAGGAGUACUGGGAUUAUGUUUAGGCAUAUUGCUUGCAUUAAAAACUUAACUGAUAUAAGAGAUGGAAGAGUUCAUCAAAGAAAUCUAGCCCUGUCUCACAUUGAAACCCACCGCCUUGACGGAAUCGUUUACUUUGCAGAUGAGAAUAACUUCUAUUUGGUUGAUCUAUUCGAGAAAAUGAGGGAGAUCAGACGGUUCGGAACUUGGCCGGUGGCGAAAUUAUUAGGGGGUACACAUAGAUCCAUUCUGGAAGGCCCCGUUUGUAAUGGAAGUCUUGUAAUUGGAUGGCACAUUUAUGAAUCAAGUAUGAGACUUCGCAGAUUUCAUGCUGAACUAUCAGGCUUUGCUUUUAAUAGCACCAUUCUAUGGGAUCCAGAGAGGUGGCAUCGACGCAUUUUUGAACCUGUGAGGCAGCUUGAUACCAUCAGAGAUGGUCUCCAAGCAAGCGACUUCAUCGAACAAAUUGUGGAAGAUGAAAGCCAAAUGGAAGGUUUACUAGAAGACUGCUCUAGAAUCAUGGUCUGGAACGUUAAUUUUAAACCGUCAAGUGCAGUUUAUCCUAAAAAAUGGUUCAUGAUGAAUAAUCUGGAUGUCACCGCUUCACUUUCAUGAGAUUCAAGAUCUGGAAGGAAG